AUGCAUGUUAUCUAUAAAUUAUUUUAAUCGUGUAACGGAACGUAAAUAUAACCUCAAAAAGUUCAAUCAAACAUCAAAAUAACGAGCCAAAAAAGCGAAGCAAACUGAAAUUUUAAGUAUUUUUUAAUAUUUCAACGAUAUUUAUUGUUUACAAUACUUUCCAUAAAGUACCCAAAAUGCCUUUAGAAGUUCAAGGCACAUUUGUUUCACAAAAAAUAAGCAGAGUUCGAUGGAUACCAGAAGAAUACGUUGAAACUAAGUGCUUUUUCACCGGCAGUUGGGACGAUGAUGUGAAUUCGGUCAAAGUUUGGUCUUUAGAGAGCCGUGAAGAUGAAGAGGCUACGUAUCCUCGUCAGCUCUCGGAGUACAAGGUCAGCGGAGACGUGACGGAGCUCAAAUUCGUGGAGAACAAUCGGAUCAUCGUGUCCACGUCCGAUGGAAGUGUCCGAUUGUUGGAAGUCAGUGCUUACGAUAAACAAUCACCGCUGAAAGAAAUAUACACUUGGAAAAAUCUACAUAAGUAUGGACCCAACAACUCAUGCUCCUGCACCUCAGCAGACACCCUGGAGGGGGACGUGGUGACGGUUGGUGAGGAUGGCAACAUCAACAUACUGAACUGUCGCCGAGGAGACGUCACCAAGACAUUCACCGCCGCCGACAGCUGCACGCUGCAUGCCGUCUGCUUCAUGAACCAUCAUGAGGUGAUAACCGGCAACUUACGAGGCCACAUGAAGAUCUGGGACCUCCGCUCCACCAACAACAAACCAACCGCCUCAUUCCUCCUCUCCGGUGACGAGCAAGCGGCCACAUGCCUCAUCCAUCACCCGACACAGCCGCACAUCAUACUGGCCGGCAGCGAGUCUGGCAGUCUCGCCGUGUGGGACCUGCGCAUGAACUCUUACCCUACUUCCCUGUUGAAUGCACAUUCUGCUGGUGUAACAGAAAUGCAGUUCCACCCAGAAAACCCUCAGAAGCUGCUCACCUGCUCCGUCUCCGGAGAGGUCUGGGAUUGGAACAUGGAGUCCAUGACGAAGAGCAGCAAAGGACCAGACAACCAGAUAGCCACCUACAUGCCCCUCGAUGACAAGACUAAUAUGAUGGUGAACUCUCUGAUGCCAACGCUACAUAAAGCUAUCAACACACUGCACUGUGAUCGAGGGAGGAUUCUCUGUGGCUGCGAUAAUGAAGCUGUGUAUUUAAUUAAGAACUUCAAGUAUUGAUGUGAUUAUUGCUGAGUGCAGUGAAUAGACUGACGCUGUGAUGUGAAGUUUUAUAAGUCUGGGUGAGUUUGUUCUUGAAAUGAAAGAUUUUUCUUACUUGUAAUUGGUUUAUAAUAUUUAUUGGAGGUACAAUACAAUACAUUUCAGACCUUAA